CCAUACAUAUCACAAAAGUACUGACCAUAGCUUAAAACCAUGGCUGCCACCGUACCAAGGGUCGGAAAAUUGGCUAGUAAGACAACAGCGUUUUUCUUGUGUGAUAUUCAAGAGAAAUUUCGUGAAUCCAUACGAUAUUUUCCUGAAAUUAUCCAAGUUGCCAAACGUUUGGUUGAAACUGCGAAGAUCAUGGGAAUUCCUGUCAUAGCUACAGAACAGUAUCCCAAAGGCCUUGGUAAUACUGUUAAAGAGAUUGACAUGUCUGAAAUAAAAGCUUAUCCAAAAACUGUUUUUUCCAUGGUCAUACCUGAAGUGGAAAAGAAAUUACAGGAGUUGAGCGAUGUAAAGUCUGUUGUGCUAUUUGGAAUUGAGGCACAUGUUUGUGUCCAACAGACAGCGUUGGACCUUCUUGAACGAAACUAUGAUGUUCACAUUGUUGCUGAUGGUGUUUCAGCACGGAGCAUGACAGACAGACUUUUUUCAUUCGAGCGUCUCCGUGACAGCGGAGCAUUUGUUACAACAAGUGAAUCCGUCAUGUUUGCAUUACUUGGUGAUGCAAAACAUCCCAAUUUCAAAGAAGUUCAAAAACUUGUGAAAACAUCUGCUCCAGAUUCGGGAUUGCUAUCUAAGGUUUAAUGUCAUAUUUAAUUUCAUACAACAAUUGCAAUAUAAAUUUAAAAGACAAACAGUCAAACUGACAAUUUACAUUAGACGCACAAGAUAUAUUUACAAUUAGAGUAAUUACCUGUUGAAUCAGAUGAAUUAUAUCUUGAAACAAUGA